AUGAAAUUACUCAAAUCAUUAUUAUUCCUUGCAUCAGUUUUAUUUAUUUCUUCUCAAGCAGAAAAAAAAGUUACUGGUGAAUUAACAUUUUAUGCUGCUGGUGAUAAUUGUCCACCAAGUGGUGAAAUUGCAUAUCCAGGAUUACAUUCUAGUGCAGGUGGUUUAGGUACAUAUGCUAAUCCAAUCACAGUUGCAGCAUCAACUGCAUGGUUAUCAGCUGGUAAGAAAGUAUAUGUAGCAGCUUAUAAGAAAUAUUUCAUUAUGGAAGAUUCAUGUGAAGAAUGUGAAAAUGAAUGGGACAGUAAUGGAAAAUAUCAUAUGGAUGCUUGGAUUGGUCCAAGUACUAUUCAUUCUGGUACUACCAAUUGUGAGGUUGCUUUAACACUUUCAUCAACCCAAUUUAUCAUUGAUCCACUUUCAACCUAUGCCGUUGAUACAACCGCUUUCUUUAAUGGCACCACUGGAGCAUGUUUAAAAACACCUGAUAAUUGUGUUGAUCAAGGUAAUGAAUGUGGUAACACUUGUCAAAUUCCAUCAAGUAUGUCUUGUUCAUCUGCUGCUUCAAUGUUCCUUUUAAGUGAAACUCGUUUCAAAGCUUUAAAUCCAAACCUUGAUUGUACUAAAAAUAUUGCAAAAGGUAAAUCUGUUUGUCAAUCUGGUUCUUGUGGUGGUCCAUAA